UUGAAGGCCGGCGCAGGCUGGGUGGUGGCUGUGCCUAAGCGGGCCCGCUGCCAGUGCGAUGGACUCCACGGCCUGCUUGAAGUCAUUGCUUCUGACCAUCAGCCAGUACAAAGCCGUGAAGUCCGAGGCGAACGCCACUCAGCUUUUGCGGCACUUGGAGUGAAGGCGAGUGAAUGUCGGGGUCCUCUGGCCGCAGCGAGAGGCGGGAGCGCCCAAUGAAGGCUCCAGGAAAAGCGGGAGUGGGACCAAAGUUUGGGAAAUUUGGGCUGUUUUGGGGUUUCUUCAUUGUCCCUUCACAUAAGAUUCAGGUAAUUUCUGGACAGAAACUCACACGACUGUUUACAUCAAAUCAUAUAUUAACAAGUGAAUGCUUGAGUUGUCUUGUAGAGCUACUUGAAGACCCAAACAUAAGCGCUUCACUGAUAUUAAGUAUUAGCAGUUUGCUGUCUAAACUAGCUGUAGACAGGGAAACCAGAGAUUGUCUUCAGAAUACAUACAAUCUGAAUAGUGUGCUAGCCGGAGUGCUUUGUCGGAGCAGCCCCGCGGAUUCAGUGUUCCUGCAGUGCAUUCAACUUCUACAGAAGUUAACAUAUAAUGUCAAAAUUUUCUAUUCUGGUGCCAAUAUAGAUGAAUUAAUUAUGAUCCUGAUAAAUCACAUUCAAUCUUCUGAAGAUGAGUUAAAAAUGCCUUGUCUAGGAUUAUUGGCAAAUCUUUGUCGGCACAAUCUUUCUGUUCAAACACACAUAAAGACAUUGAGUAAUGUGAAAUCUUUUUAUCGGACUCUUAUUACCUUGUUGGCCCAUAGUAGUUUAACUGUGGUUGUGUAUGCACUUUCAAUAUUAUACAGUUUGACAUUAAACGAAGAGGUGGGGGAAAAGCUGUUCCAUGCUCGAAACAUUCAUCAGACUUUUCAACUAAUAUUUAAUAUUCUCAUAAACGGUGAUGGCACUCUAACUAGAAAAUAUUCAGUUGACCUACUGAUGGAUCUCCUUAAGAGUCCUAAAAUUGCUGAUUAUCUUACCAGAUAUGAGCACUUUUCUUCAUGUCUUAAUGAAGUGUUAGGUCUUCUUAAUGGAAAGGAUCCUGACUCCUCUUCAAAGGUUUUAGAAUUACUUCUUGCCUUCUGUUCAGUGACUCAGCUGCGCCAUAUCCUGACUCAGAUGAUAUUUGAACAGUCUCCAUCUGGCAACACCACUCUAGGAAGCCGUCCUAAAUGUUUAGAACCUACUGUGGCUCUACUGCGCUGGUUAAACCAACCUUUGGACGGAUCAGAAAACUGUUCUGUUUUAGCAUUGGAGUUGUUCAAGGAAAUAUUUGAGGAUGUCAUAGAUGCUGCUAACUGUUCUUCAGCUGAUCGUUUUGUGACCCUUCUGCUACCUACAAUCCUCGAUCAACUUCAGCUCCCAGACCAAAAUCUAGAUGAGGCUUUAAUAAGAAAAAAAUGUGAAAGGAUGGCCAAGGCCAUUGAAGUUUUGUUAACUCUCUGUGGAGAUGAUACAAUGAAAAUGCAUAUUGCAAAAAUCCUGACAACUGUCAAGUGUGCCAGUCUGAUAGAACAACAGUUUACAUAUGGCAAGACCGACCUGGGAUUUGGAACAAAGAUUGCGGAUUCUGAAUUAUUCAAACUUGCUGCUGAUGUAAUUUUGAAAACUCUUGAUUUGAUUAACAAACUUAAACCACUGGUCCCUGGUAUGGAAGUAAGCUUCUACAAAAUCCUUCAGGACCCACGUUUGAUUACUCCUUUGGCUUUUGCUUUAACAUCAGAUAACAGAGAACAAGUACAGUCUGGACUGAGAAUAUUAUUGGAAGCUGCUCCGCUGCCAGAUUUCCCUGCUUUAGCACUUGGAGAAAGUAUAGCGGCAAAUAAUGCCUAUAGACAACAGGAAACAGAACAUAUACCCAGAAAAAUGCCUUGGCAAUUAUUAAAUCACAGUUUUCCAGCAUCAGUAAAGUGUUUCACUCCUCCUCGUUUGAAAGAUGGCAUUCCUGGAUUGAAUAUUGAAGAAUUAAUAGAGAAACUUCAGUCUGGAAUGGUGGUAAAGGAUCAGAUUUGUAAUAUGAGAAUAUCUGACAUAAUGGAUAUAUAUGAGAUGAAACUAUCCACAUUAGCUUCCAAAGAAAGCAGGCUACAAGAUCUUUUGGAAACAAAAGCUCUCGCCCUUGCACAGGCUGAUAGACUGAUUGCUCAGCAUCGCUGUCAAAGAACUCAAGCGGAAACAGAGGCACGGACACUUGCUGGUAUGUUGAGAGAAGUUGAGAGAAAAAAUGAAGAGCUUAGUGUGUUGCUGAAGGCACAGCAAGUGGAAUCAGAAAGAGCCCAGAGUGAUAUUGAGCAUCUCUUUCAACAUAAUAGGAAGUUAGAGUCUGUAGCUGAAGAGCAUGAAAUACUGACAAAAUCCUACAUGGAACUUCUUCAGAGAAAUGAAAGUACUGAAAAGAAGAAUAAAGAUUUACAGAUCACAUGUGAUUCUCUGAAUAAACAAAUUGAGACAGUGAAAAAGUUGAAUGAGUCACUUAAGGAACAAAAUGAAAAGAGUAUUGCCCAAUUAAUAGAGAAAGAAGAACAGAGAAAAGAGUUACAGAAUCAGCUAACAGACAGAGAAUAUAAGCUAGCAAAUUUGCAUCAAAAAACAAAAGUACAAGAAGAAAAGAUUAAAACCAUACAAAAAGAAAAGGAAGAUACGGAAGAAACCGUUGAUAUCCUUAGAAAAGAAUUAAGCAGAACAGAACAGAUAAGAAAAGAGUUGAGCAUUAACGCUUCCUCCCUAGAGGUUCAAAAGGCACAAUUAGAAGGUUGUUUGGAAGAGAAAGAGUCCUUGGUGAAACUUCAGCAAGAAGAAUUGAACAAACAGUCCCACAUGAUAGCAAUGAUCCACAGUUUAAGUGGUGGAAAAAUAAAUCCGGAAACUGUGAAUCUCAGUAUAUAGACAUUAUGGCGUUUUGGAAUUUGUAAUCUAAUGAUAUUUUUGAUGUAUUUAUCUAUUGGAGCUGGGCGGGUAGGGGAUUUGUGACUUCACAACAAUAAAAUAUUAUUAUCUAAUUUAGUAAAGAACUGAUCUGAUGCAUGUUUUUUAUUUGACUUUUUUGAAUUAGAAAUUUAAUUUUUUAAGUUUUCCUUUUUGUUUCUGGCUUUUAUUGCUUAAGGCUUUCUUUAGUUCUUACGUAGAACAUCCUUUUUAGCCUCUAUUAUUUUUCUCAGGUUCUUUCCUUUUUCUUAGUUGCUUUCUAUUCUGUUUUGCCUGUCUUAAUUAUUCUCAUUUGUGAUUAUUUAGAUCUUUAAGACCAAACUUUCUUGAUAUAACAAUGCUAAGAUUAUAAAUUUAAAAUAUAAUUAUUAGUAAAAAGAGAGAAGGUAUAAUACUGCUAGAGAAGUUUUUCUCUAAAGAAGCACAAAAGAAAAUAUUAAUGAAUUUAAAAUAAUUUUUAUUACUGCAUGACAUGACAUAAUUUCUAAAUUUGAAAAAAAUGCAAUGGUAAUCAACUGUAUAAAAACUAGAAAACUGUUAUUGUGUUACACUAUUACAUUUAAAUUAUUACAUUUAACACCAUAGUUGUCUCAUAAAAAAUCUAAUAGCUUGUAGAAUUAUUUGUAAGGUAUCUUUAGUUUCUUUUCUCUUUUUUUAAAAUGUUGCAUAGUGGUCCAUAUCAUCUAUAAUUAAAGUUUCUCAUGAUUGACAUAAGGAUAAUUUGGAUUCUAUUCCUGCUACAUAUUCAGAAAAAUAUUAUUUACCGUUAAUUCUGAUAUGAAUUGCAUUUAAUAUGUUGUCUUAAAUAGUUUUUAAUUCAUUCAUUUAAUUUUAAAGGAUAGGUUAAAUAUCUUUGUGGUUUUUUCUUAAGUAUAAGAGUCCUGUACUUUUCAUUUGAAUCAUAUGCUCUAACUACUAUGUGUAAGAAAAGUUUUUACAUUAAUAUUUUGAUUGAAUUUAUUGCUCUACCAUUUACAGUCAUUAAUUUUACUUGAUUUUCUUCACCAUGUAUCUCUUUAAGUGAAUUUAGAUUUUUUUUUGUACAGUUCUGGAAAUUUUUAACAAGUAUGCAGAGUAAAACAUUUUAAAUUACUACUUGUUCUAAAGAGGAGGUACAUUCUAUUUCUCUUUUGAAAUGGCAUUUUCAACCAAAUAUAAAAAAGUUUAAGUGGGUAGAUAUGACUGAAGAACAGAAGGUUCUAUAAAAUAAAAGGUACAAAAAGUUAAGGAAAUAAAUGAAUGAAUCAAAAACUCUAGGGAAAGUCAAUCUAUCUUUACGAUUUAGACAUCUUGAAGCAGCCUGUCCUAGUGCUGCCCUAUACAGUUUUCUGUGAUGAUGGCAAUGUUCUGUCCUGUCUAGUACCAUAGCCAGUGGCUACAAGUGGGCAUUGAGCACUUGAAAUGUGGCCUGUGCAACUGAAAAAAAAAAUUAAAAAUUUUAUUUCAUCUUAGUUUUCAUAACCACCCUAUUAGAAAAUACAGAUCUAUCCCAUUCUCAUAAGUAUGUGUUUAUUUAAAGAACUCAAUUUGCCUUUUCUUGAAGAUCUACGUAGUGACUCCAUGUAUAUAUUAGUAGCCCUUUUUAAAUAUAUUUUUAACCUGUUUAUUCUCAUCUUUUCUCCCUAAAGAGGAAAGUCCAUACUGCAGCUUUGAAGGUGAGUCCCAAUUUUCAUCCUUUACCACUUUCUGUCUCUUGUAGCACCUUUCAUAUUGUUUCUGUUUUUCUUAAUACCUUUACUAUAUUGGUUACUUCUUUUCUUGUUGGACUGUGUACCUCAUUUAAAAAAAAACAAAAGUGUGUCUAAAUUUUUUUUUCUAAAAAAUAAUUUUAAUCAAAUUUGAACCACCACCAUAGUCAGGGUUUUCCAUGUGUGUAUGCAUGCCCAUUUCCUAAUGGAAAAAACAAAACUUAGGAAGUGUAUCUUACAUUAGGGUUACUCACUUCCUCUUAAAAUUGUACUGGGGAGAGUUUAUCUCCAAAGUAUACAUCAACACAGUUCCUUUUGCUGUUUACACUGGCCACUUGAACAAAGGAGACACUUCUGAUAAAAUUUGGUUGAUUGAAGUUUAUACUAAAUUGGUCGUUAAUUUAAUGUCAGUAUAAAAAUAAAAUAAUGCAACUGUACGCUGUGUCUUAGGAAGUGAUCAGGUCAAUGUCUCUUAGGAUCUAUCUACUUAUUCUUUUCCUCCCUUCGGAUAGUUAUGAACUAUAUUUACAACUUUGCUACUGGCAUAUGUCAUUGUACCAAACACGUGUCCUGUUUGUGACUUAAUCUUUUGCAGUAGUUAGCAAACAUUUUCUGUAAAGGGCCAGAUAGUAAAUGUUUUAGGCUUUUUAGACAUAGUUUCUGUCAUAGCAACUCAACCCUGCUAUUGUGGCACAAAAGCACACAAUACAUAAAUUAAUAGUCAUGGCUGUGUUCCAAUAAAACGUACUUACAAAACUAGUCUAAAUUUUGCUGUUAGAUGUUACAUUUACUUAUUAAGAAAUGACUUUUCAUACUUGGUAAUCUUUAUCUGAAGUCUACUUUAUUUGAUGAUAAUAUAGCCACUUAAUCUUUUUCAUGUUUUCUGUUGUCCUGAUACAUAUUUUUCUAUUAGUCUACUUCUAACCUGUAUGUUUAUAUGUAAAAUUCAUGACUUAUAAAAAAAUAUAUAUUUAGGUCUUGCUUUUUAAAUCAAUUUUGGCAAAAUCUAUUGCAGUCCAGUUAGAGUUAAUACUGUACCACUUAACAUAAAAAUGUAAAUACCUUGUAACUAUAUAGGUCCAUCUCUCCGCUCCUGCAUACUGUUGUCAACAUGUGUAUUAACCUCUGCUUACGUAGCUAACCCUCAAACAAUGUGAUAAUUCUUGCUUAAGUAGUCAUAUGGAAAAACUGACUGUCAGCAUCAGUAUAUUCACCCAUUUGCUUGCACCAAUACAAUAGUUUCUUCAGUGUAACAUUCUACUUUUUCCUUUGGAAGUAAUAAGUCAUUCGUGGGCAGAUACUUGCAUAUAUGCUGGUUCUUUUCCACCUUGCAUCGGCUGGCUUUAGUAUUGUUGCUAAUUCUUACUUGAAUCAGUUCUUAAUUUGAUGGUUGGUUGCCAAGUGGUUAUUUUCUUACUUAAAGGUAGAAAAUUGAACAUUUUGGUAAUGUUAUAAUGUACUGAAAAUAGUAGUCUACAUGAAAUCACUUACAUCAUUCACAAAAUUAAAAUAUAGUACGUAUAGUUUUACAGUUAAUAUAGCGUGUACUUUUCGUGCGUAUUCUUACAAGCAAAGCAUGUGAGAUUUGCUUUCUAUACUUUAAGAAAAUAAAUAUGUACGUUAAGCAUACUGAUUUUCUUUAACUGCAAGACCCUUUGGAUAUUGUUUUUCUACCCCAAGCUUCUAAAUUGAGAAUUGCUUAUUUAAAUAAUGAGAUUCGAUUCAUUUGGGUCAUCACUACCUUGGCUCUCAGUGAUCACCAAUGAAUAGUAAAUGUUUAUUACUCAUAAUAAAGUAUUUUGGAUUAAGAAAAUAAUUGUACAUUUCCAGGCUUCACUGAGUUUACAUUCUAGAUAAUUAACUUUUAAAAAUAAAUUAAAACUUGGUUACUGCUUACGCCUGUAUUCCCGUAAUUUUGGGAGCCUAGGCAGGCAUAUCGUUUGAGGCAGGGGUUCCAGACUGGCCUGGGCAACAAAGUGACACCCUUGUCUCUACAAAAAAAUUUUUAAAAAAAUUAACUGGGUGUGGUGGCAUGUCCCUCAAGCUGCAGUGCAGUGAGCUGUGAUUGCAUCACUGCACCCCAGACUUUGUAUGUGUGUAUAUAAAAUAUGGCCUUUUUUUUUAAAGGCAGAUGUUUCAUUGAUUUUUUUAUAGUGUGAAUGAUAAGCCUGAUAAAUACUUGAAAGUGUAUGCCUGUGUACUUCAUAAAUUGAGAGGAAAAGUUGUGAACUCAAAAACUGAUGGUUUAUUUUGAACAUGCAAAUCGCUUUGAAACCUUAUACGGCCUCACUUGGUUAAGCAUUUGUAGUGAAUUGACUUUCUUCCUGGCGUCAGAUGCCUCUGUGAGGCCUGUUUCACUUAUGCUUGUGUUCAUUUAAACAUUUCAAAAUUACCCCAGAGAAAACUUAUCACUUAACCAUGAAUAAGAGGUAUCAUAACUCUUAAAACCCAGCUAUUUUGCCUGUUGGGCUGCAAGUAUCCCUUCAUAAUUGCAAGAAGGAGUAAGUAAAUCCAAGAAGGAGAAACUAAAGUUUCUUUCCAACUAAACGUAGUAUUGUAGUUGUCUACUUCCCUAAGGACCCAGUAUCUAUAUUUUCUCAAUACCUCAAAAUAUGAUGGAUAAUCCCAGGAUACAUAGCAAAGGACUUUUUGCAUGAUGUCCACUACUACAUUAGAGAGAGGCAUUUUCAAAGUCAACAGAGUGGAUUGGCUUUCACUUUCAUUAUGUCAUUAAAAACUAAUUUUCCACUAAGUAGCUGAGCAUUUGGCAGGUAUUUAGUAGUGAACAUGAUUUUGCCUCUCCAUUAAAUUAUAUUCACUGUUAUUGUAAGUAUUAUAUUUCAUCUCACUUAUCUCAACGAGCCAAAAGAUAUAAUGUGUUAGAGUAGCCUUAUGCUUUUCUCAAACUUCAAAUAAAAAGGCUUAUAAUUAGCCCUAGCAAAAGACAACACUGUUCAUCUUCAAUUAGGCAGGGUUUUCAUUUUACUUCAAAGUAAAGGCUACUAUCAACUACCGCAUAUUAAUUUGUGUAAUACCCACAGUUAAUCAGCAUGUUAGAGCUGAGAGAAUUCUGAAAGAACAGUGAGCCCAAGCCUGUUGUGUGAAGAAAGAUUCAUUCUCAGAAGAGAGGCCCCAUAAUUCAAACACAAACUGAUGUGACUGUUAAAUAAGCAUGUAUUGUUAUGAAACACACAGAAGUUUCACUUCUGGCAAUAUAUCUGAAAGAAAUGAGGUUGUACACUAAGAUUUAUGUACAGUAAUAUGGCACAAAAUUGGAAACUAUAUGCAAUAAUAGGAGAUUGGUUAAUCAGUAUAAGGUACAGUCAUGUAAAAUAAUAUGCAUUCUUUUUAAAAAGUUACUGAAAUAUAUAUAAGUACUUGGGAAGAGAUUUUUUGUGUGUUAAGUGAAAAAAAGUAAACCAAACUAUUUGUAAACAAUGAUUCAGAUAUCUGAAUAUCUUUAAGAUUUUUUUACACGUGUGCGUGUGUGUGUGUACAUAUAUAUAUGUAUAUAGAAACCGUGAGCAGUGGUAACCUCUGCCUAAUGAAAUUAUAAUUGACUUCUUUGGUUUAUAAAAUUACCAUAUUACGUUAACUUUUUAAAACCAUGUUUUAAAACAUUGGGUUGGUAACCACAUCUGGAUUUGACUUCUGGGUCUACCUAAGGAGAGUUUUUAUUUGUAUUUUUUUUUCUUUCUUUUGAGACAGAGUUUCGCUCUUGUUGCCCAGGCUGGAGUGCAAUGGUGCGAUCUCGGCUCACCGCAACCUCCGCCUCCUGGGUUCAGGCAAUUCUGCCUCAGCCUCCCGAGUAGCUGGGACUAUAGGCCCGCACCACCCUGCCCAGCUAAUUUUUUGUAUUUUUAGUAGAGACGGGGUUUCACCAUGUUGACCAAGAUGGUCUCGAUCUCUUGACCUCGUGAUCCACCCACCUUGGCCUCCCAAAGUGCUGGGAUUAUAGGCGUGAGCCACCGUUCCCGGCCGGAAAGUUUUUAUUUAAUCUCUUUUAUUCUUUUGUAAAAUGAGGAUAAUACAUACUUACUAGAAAAAAGUUGAAAAAAAUACAAAUAAAGCUCAUGGCUUUUAGUAGAUUUUCAAUAAUGGUUUCUCUCUCUUUUGGAGAAGGAAUGAAAAAGGUUUAUGUCCUUUGUCCUUGGUAUCUUCUUUCUCUUCAUGAAACGUGUAGCCAAUUGAGAAAGUAAAAUUAACAAUAAAGAUUCUCUGUUACUUUUGCAAGUAGUGGAGGAUGGAGAGAUUAGGAGUGAAAUCUUUAAAUUAUUGUCUACAACGAGAGUAACAAUUUUAUUGACUAGACUAGUCUGGAUUGCUCAGACUUAUUUCUAUUAGGUCUGAAUUAUAAGCAGUGUUAAAUUAACAUCUCUUCUUGAAAGAAGCAUUUUUCAUACUUCAAAUUAGCCUUCUCUUGGAUGUCAUAGUAUUUUCUGAUGACUGUACCUGCAAAAUUCAUUGUGAGGUUGUACAUUGUUAUUUCUUUAAUUUCCUGGAAGAGAUUAUGAGGAAAAGAUGUACUUAAGAAAAGUUUGCCAAAUUUUAGUAGUAAAACAACAUAUCUAAGACUUGGAUCCCAUUAUAUUCCCAGCUCUUUUCACAGAUUUAAAAGUUUUCCUAAUCUAUGUUAGUAUUUCUACUUAGAAAUAUCAUUCUGUAGUAGCCUCUUAAAAGUCCAAAAACACUUAGUGUUAUCUACCUCGAAGUACAGAUGUAUGCGUUAUGUUUUCAGAGAGAAAGAAAAUACAGGCCUUUAAUUGUAAUAUCAAGGAAGGGUUACAAGAAUCUUAGGAAUUUGUAUAGAAUCCAGAGGAGAGAGAACUUGAUAGCAGAUGUGUGAAGCUGGCUGUGUAAAAACAGAGAGAGUAAUAACCAAGGUCACCCUGAACCAUUUAGUGUGAAUGACAUUUCAUGCAAAUACCCUUCAGAUAAGACUGACUGAAGCCAUGACUUGAAUUGCGGCUAUCCUUGAGCUGCUAAGUAAGACACUUAGAUUAUUGAUGUUGUAGCCUGAUGCAAGGAACAUAAUAUUUUGUUUGCCAUGUUGCCUGGGUAGAUGUGGGAUGUGAUCCACCCAACUUAUGAUCAUACUGCUGAUAUUUCCAGUCUGUGUUUCUUUGUAGGAUUAGUUCUGUGAUCAUUACAUACUAAUCACAUUUAUUUCUUUAUGCCUCUUUUAAAUCUUCCCUCAUUCUACAAACAAUAGUAUCACCUUAAUUUUACCAACUGUGUGAUUCUCUAUUUAGGAAAGUGGGGAGCCAGAGGAAAGUAAGAGAGAAUAUGAGCACAUGGCACAAAAUUCAAAAAUUAAAAGAUACAUGGACUUUCUGUUUUAACAUGCUAAGAGCUUGUCUCUCGCUCUCACAAGAAAAAAAAGCUGGACAAACUGAAAAAUUAGUGGCUUACUUUAGAUCCAUCAUAGAAUUGAGGUUACAGGACAAAUCAUCGUUCUGAGCACUGUAGAGAAUACAGUUGAGUAUGGAUCGACUUACCUGAAGCUCCGGUAGGAACACUUAAACUGUAAUUUUGACAAAUUACUAGAGGCUGUGUGAACAGCUUGGGAAUUUAAAAUUCUUGAGCGCCCUUCCAGUCAACCGUUCUUCAGAGGAGGACCACAUGCAGCUAUGGCACCCUGUCAGAAUGGCAUGAUCCUAAUGUCUCAGUUCCACAAGGAGUGGCCAGUGGCUGUUCAGCUCAACCAGGUGACCCAAAAGAUCCACAGAUACAAGGCCCAGCAGGCAAAAGCACACUACUGUCGCCUAUCACCCUGCAUCUGGACCCAUCCAGCCCAUAGUAAUACAUCCCACGGGAAGGUAUCACACCAAAGUAUGAGCUAGCAGGAGCUUCAGCUUAGAUGAGUUAAUGUGACCAGCAUCCAUAUGGUGACCCCGACCUUUGGUAUCUGUGGAUCCAAAGAGACAUUAGAAUAAGGCUGGUGAGUCCUUAAAGGCCAGCAACUCUGGCUGAAGGAGUACUACUCCAAGCUCCUCUUCUUCCCCAGGAAGCCCUUGGAUCCCAUGAAGGAAGACAGCUCUGCUGAACUCAAAUCGGCCACUCAGUUGACAGGACCAGUAAUGUGCAUGUCAGUGUCUACGAGGAGAAAGCCAGGUUGGUCUCAAACUCCUGACCUCGGGAGAUCCGCCCACUUCGGCCUCCCAAAGUGCUGGCAUUAAAGAGGUGAGCCACCUGACCAAGCCUAAACAUGCGACUGUUUUUCUAAUGCAAUUUGUUCAGAAACAAAAACUACAAAGGGAAUGUCAAUAUGCAUUUAAAUAACCCUUACCACCUAUUCUGAAUUGGGAGUUAGGGGAUGUCUUGGUUAGCGGAUACUCAUGUCAGAUUUGGAUGUGUGUGUGGUUUUUGUUUGUUUUGGUUUUUGGGGGUGGCCUGUUUUAUUAACUAACAAGUCAAAAUAGUUAAUAUUAUUUCUCAAUAAACUUACCUUAGUGUACAAACCUCCCCCCUCAAAAAAGUACUCUAUAGCUUUUUACUAGGCUCUCACAUUGUUAAAAUCUCCUUAGUGGUCCUCAAAUUUGAGUGUAUAUUAAAAUCACCCGGAGGUCUUAUUAAACUACAGAUUACUGGUACCCAGCAGACACACUGUUAUAGACUGAAUGUUUGCAUUCCCACAAGAUUUGUGUGCUGAAUCCUAACUCCAGAUGUGAUGAUAUUUGGCGGUAGGGCCUUUGGGAAGAAAUUAGGUCAUGAGAGUGGAGCCCUCAUAAAUGGGAUUAGUGCCCUUAUAAAAGAGGCUCAGGAGAGACCCAUGCCCCCACUACCACAUGAGGACACAGUGAGAAGAUACCAUUUAUGAAGCAAAGAGCAGACCCUCAUCACACACCAAAACUGCUGGCGCCUUGAUCUCGGACUUCUCAGCAACCAAAACUGUGAGAACUAAAUUUCUGUUGUUUAUGAGCCACCCAGUCCAUGGUAUUUUGCUGUAGCAGCCCAGAUGGAACUAAGACAUCCAUCCUCAGAGUUUCUAAUUUAGUAGGUCUGGGACAGCUCAAGAAUUUGCAUUUCUAACAAGUUCCCAGGCAGUGUUAAUGGCCCUGAUCUUGGUACCAUGUUUUCAAAUUUGCUGUCUUAAAAUACCAGUGCCGUGGUGUCUUCUUCCACACCUAUUUUGAGAUAAUAGACCCCAGUUGGUGUUGGAUGCUGUGAGGAGCUGUGUAUUAUGUUAAAUUUCCACAAAGUGGGAAUACGGAAGUAACUGAAAUACCAAGCACAUCAUCAAAAGUUGCUUCUCAGAAACAGUGAGGGUUUAUUUUCAUACUGGUUUAAGAGACAAUGUCUCACUGUGUCAUAGAGUGCAAUGGUGUGAUCACAACUCACUGUAGCCUCAACCCAUGGGCUCAAGUGAUUCUCUUGCCCUCAGUCUCACAAGUACCUGGGACUACAGGUGUAUGCCAGCAUGCCCAGCUAAUUAAAAAAAAAAAAUUAGUAGAGAUGGGAUCCUGCUAUGUUACCCAGACUGGUCUUGAACUCCUGGCCUCAAAUGAUCCUCCUGCUCUGAUCUCCCAAAGCACUGAGAUUACAGGCAUGAACCACUGAACCUGACCUAAUGAUUUCUUGUAUCAUUUUUCUUAAGCUUCAGGAACAACUUGUAAAGAUGACAAUUAUGAGACUAUUUUUACCAUAUAUCUUUGUGAUAAAAAUGAAGACAAAAACCAGUGUCUCAUUUAGUGAUAAUUGAAUACCUCACUUUUUUUGAACUUAUGAAAGACCGAAUCGUUUUAAUUUAGGUUUAAAUGCCAUUGGUUUGAUAGAGCAUUUGUCAGACAUCCUUCUAGGAAUAAAAAUAUUAGAGGAAAAUAUACUAUCACAUAGACUGGUCUAAUUUUCUGUUUUCAAGAAAAAAGAAUUAAUAUGGCUGACAUUGUGUUUUAUUAUAAUAUGCAAUUGGAGUUUUCUGAUGUGAGUCUUAGUGAUUACUCUCAUUCAGCUUUCUUUAAAAACCUAGGCAUCUCAUUAGAAUUCUGCUACUGAGCAGUGCAAUCAUUUGUGCAGCAGCUGGAGAACGAUCAUGUAUUUCACAGGACUCCUUAGAUUAAUGACAAGAAAUGCCUGGUAGUGACCCAUGAAUGGAAAGCAGGAAUCUUUCAGAAAAGCUCUUCAAAUGUAUACGCCAAUCUUUUUUAGAGUAAGUAUUUUUUUUUAAUGAUUAUGGUAAAGAUCUACUUGGUUAUACAUUGUUUCCCUUCAUCUAUAGAUUCAGUCUCAAUAUUCUGAGGUCAGUCCUGGCUUUUAUCUGGAGAUAUUUAACCCCCCUGCAGGAGAAGGCAGGGUGACGGUUUCACCUUGUUGAACUUGCUGUCUAGCCAGUCGUAGUUGGAUGUCCAGAUUCCAUUACCUAGGCUUUAGUCUUUUAACGAAAUCCUAAAUUAAAACCAAGUCCUGAUAAAUGGAUUCCUGUCCUGCCACAUGUAUUCUGGUUUCCUUUACAAAACUCCAAUUCCUCCAUGAUUAGGGCCUUGUGUAGUCCCCAGGUCUUUCAAGGUAUAUAGUCCCAGCUCCAUUUUUACAGUCUGGCAUCCUGUCCAGUACUUUGAAAUCUUUUGCUUGCCCAUUGGAGAUUCCAGUGUAUCUCUCCCUGGUUGAUCAUCAUAACUAAUAUUUGUGUAGGACUCUGCCUUUAACAAACCACCUUAAUCUUUUUAUACAUUCUCUUGUUUGAUCAUCAGAAAUUAUCAGGUGAGUGUGGUGAUCACAUUUUCAUUUAAUAAUUUAAUUACAGACAAUCUAAGGCUCAGAAGGACUAUGUAAACUGCCCAGGAUCUUAGAGCUAGUAAAUAAUAGAUAGUUAGGGGAGAUCAGGUCUUCAGAGCAUAAAUUCAGUGUUUUUCUUGUCUUCCCUUUGUGCCAGACUGCCCUGAAAUUCUGGCAUGCACUUCUGCCUGAACUUGUUUCUACUCCAUUCUGUUGGGACCUUCUCAAGGACAGUCUGCUCUUCAAAGCAAACUUGGUCUCCCCCAUUUUGCCUAUCCUCCUGCCAGUACUCCUGAAAAGAAAAAAACGUUUUAUUAUUUUUAAAAUAUUUAUAUCUGAAUCAAAUGAAAGUACAGUCCAAAAAAAUACAUAAUUUGAGACUAGAAAUAACAAAUUUAUCUCAUAAAUAAGGAUCCUGGUCCAUGGAAAAGUUUAUUUUAUUUAAUUCUAUCAUCAUAAUCACCACCAUCAUGUUUCAACCCUGAAUACAUUCCAGUUACCAGUUGUUGAAACAAUGGUAAAGUGGAACUACAGGCUCAGUAGCCAAUAUGGUGGUUUGACAGUUAUUCUUGAUGAGUUCAUCAUUCAGAUAAGCAUGACCUUGAUGGUAUUCUCUGGUACACCUCUGACCUUUAAUUUUACUGCCCUCUUUUAAACAAUAAGGGUUGCAUACCCUUGAUCUUAAAGAACUAUAGUACUUCCUAAAUCAAUAGUAGGAAAGUCUUUCUGAGAUGACAUAUUAGUCAAGUUUCUCCAGAGAAUUAGAAGCAACGGGGUGUAUUGUAUGUGUGUACAGAGAGAGCCAGAGUGAGAGAGUUAUUAUAAGAAACUGGCUCAGAUCUUCCGAGACGCACUGGAGACCAGAUGGGUGACCGUUCUGUUAUUUAAAGGUGUAAAAAAUGCAGGAGACUUGAGAAGAGAAGCCAUGGAAGGUACCAUCGAUGGAUCACUGAUAAAUCCUACAGUGACUGUCGAUCCAUUUCAGAUACUUGUGGCAGCAAACAAAGCAGUUCACCUCUACAGUCUGGGAGAAAUGAAGACAAGAACUCUAUCUGCUGAAAUUAUGUACAAUCUUUCCCCAAAUAACAAUAUAUCAGAGGCUUUGAAAAAAUUUGGUAUCUCAGGAAAUGACACUUCAAUUCUAAUUGUUUACAUUGAAGAGGGAGAAAAACAAAUAAAUCAAGAACACCUGAUAUCUCAAGUAGAAGGUCGUCAGGUUUCUCUGGAAAAUCUUCCUGAAAUAACAAAUAUUACAGAAGUCAAAAAGAUAUAUAAACUCUCUUCACAAGAAGAAAGUAUUGGGACAUUAUUGGAUGGUAUUAUUUGUAGAAUGUCAAUGACAGAUGUUUUGUUAAAUGUCAGAAAUAUUAACAGAAAUUCUCAGCAUUAAAGAAAACAUUGAUAUUCC